GCACCACUUCCGUUGUUUUGCAUCUCUCGCGAUCUCAACGCGGUGCCGUUUGUAAAAGUUUGCGUCUGUUAUAAAUCCCAAAACCUGCGUGAAAUUUUAGUGAAAAAUCCGCAGUUUUCGUGUCACCGCAAUCAGUGAAAUGGAUGUUUGUCGCACGUGUCUGAAUGAACGCGGAAGUGAGCUGGUUGGGAGCGAUUUUCGGUCCAUUUUUACCAACAUCGAAGUCGAUGAGGUCAAUGUUUACAUCGCGGAUUGUUUGACGCAGUGGGUCGAUCGCACGAUUGUCCCAGGCGACGGUAUGCCUUCGGAAAUAUGUCAACCAUGUCUGGAAGCAAUAAAAUCGAUCACUUUGUUCAUCCAAAAUGCAAAGGAAUGCGAUGACCAUAUGCGAAGAAUAAUACAGUCAGGUGAUGCAGAAUCAUUAAAUGACAUCGAAUCGUUUGUUGACUUGGAGAUUAAACUAGAAGUGGAAGAUACCAUCGAUACAUUGCCAGAAGAAGAAGAAGCUUAUUCGGACCACGAGCAGCAUAGGGACACUAAAGCUCUUCUUGAUCCUAAGGAGAAAGCUAUUAAACGUCGACACGUUCGCCAGGAAACAGUUGGGAAACCCAACAAAAUUUCUGAGUCAUUCGAAACGGACAUGUUCGAUGAAAGUGACGAUUAUCAGCUUAGUGAUAGUAGUUCAUCUGAUUUUGAAGAAAGUAAUGAUUCGCGUCCUAAGAGAAGCCGCAAAAAACGCACAGAAGCUUCUAAAAAGGAAAACAAAACCAACGACAAUGGGGACAGAGAUGAGUCUGAAGCGUUCAACGUAAUUGAUGUUCAAGACCAAAUCGUGUGCUGUGGUUGUUGGAAGCUGUUCGAUAAUGAAAAGGAACUGAAAUUACACGGUGUUGUCAUUCACGAAGAAACAAAAAGAAAAAAUAAUAGAGUGAAUGCGGACAAGAAAUUUGUUUGCAGAUUUUGCUAUAAAAGAUUCAGUACUAAAUCUUUACUACAAGCACACCGAAAUCGAAACCAGUGUAUCGACAAGGUAUAUGAAUGUAAAAAGUGCAACAGAAGAUUUUUAAACGUUGACGCUGUCAAGAAACACGCAUUGGGUCAUUUAAACCAAUCAAUUGAACCACCAAAGCUAUAUCCCGUAUCAAUAGCACGUUUGGAAAAACAUGGUUAUUUGUGUUGCGUAAAAAAAUGUACAUCGUCUCACUCUUCUGAAGAUGCGCUUCUUGAACACAUCUCAAAAGAUCACAACUUGACUAUGAUUGAUGCUCUAUACGCAUCUUCCGAGUUUCAGUGCCCUUUUUGUCGUAAGCCAUAUGAAUCUAAAGCAAAACUAAAUGCCCAUUACGUCAACCGAUACACUCUACUUCAAUCGACUGCAGCCCAUCACCAAUGUUCUCAAUGUGGUAAAAUUUAUAAAUCUGAAAUCUCUCUGAAAGCUCAUGAGAAUAAACACGCGCAGAUAAGACCAUACGAAUGCGACGUUUGUUCUAAAUCGUUUUACAGUGAUGCAGUGCUGAAGCAACAUAAGUUGAUCCAUACGCAAGGAAAAACGCUAACAUGUUUGAUAUGCGGCAUGGCAUUCCGUACGAAGAUGUUCCUGGAAAAUCAUUACAGAGUGCACAGCGAUGAUAAGCCGUUCGUUUGUGACAUUUGUCAAAAAUCGUUCCGACACUCAUCGUCUCUUUUUAUCCACAAGAGAACUCACGACCAAGUCAAGCGACACAAGUGCUCAGAAUGUGGAAAAGGGUUCACCGACACGGCAAACUUGAACCGCCACAUGGUGUCCCAUACGGGCAUCAAACCAUAUCAAUGUAACCACUGCGAGAAGCGCUUCAUGCGAUUGACGGAGAGGACAGAACACGAAAGUAUCGUCCAUAUGGGCGUUAUGCCCUACGGCUGCGAAAUUUGCGGAGAAGGCUUCCCGUCGAAACGCACUUUCCUGAAGCAUGAAUCGGCGUGCAGUGGUAGUCGAUUUCCCUGAUAUCCUGCAGGGCUACAGAACCUGAUGUUUGUGGUUUUGUGACUUGUUUCAUUCAUUCGAAUAAAAAUACUGUAAAAGUUAUGUUCAUUGCUCACCGAAUUA